AUGCUGCUUUUGUCCGUGGACUUGCCCAUCACUCUCCGGCUCAGCCCUCUGCUGUCCCGUCUACACCUGUUCCUCGGCCAUCUUUUUCCUAUCGGGCAUCCCCCGUUCGUUCCAAAGUCCGCUCCACUAUCUCAGUGGAGACCAGAACCAGCAUUCAAGAUUCCUUCGAACCUUUGCCCCAGAUUUGGCCUGCUUCAGAGGCCGUUGAUUGAGCAAAGCGAGCUUGGAAAGUGGGUCAGUGGGCCAGAGCCGUCUUGGACGGAAGGGUGUCAUCCCCCAAACCAGACACCCACCAUUGUCCAGCAGAAUCGGGCCUGGUGUGUUUUGCGAGCCCAGGGAUUGGCUGUGCCUCAGGUCUUCACCACCUCAGCUGCUUUCCGUCAGGCAGUUGGGCCUUUGGAGGGCUCUGGAACCAUUUGCCACGCCUUCCCUUCACAGAUUGAAGCCAAGAUCUAUUUUGCUGGGGGUUACUUCACAGCCGAGCAGCUUGCAGCAGGCAUGGCUUCACCAGCCGAAGAUGUGAUGGGCCAACCUGACGCUGUGAUCGAGGUCCUUUUGAUCGACUUCAACUACGAGGCUUUCCAGGCGCAGAUGGAUUUGCCUUUUGAGAAAGAGGAGACCAUGCCCUUUCAGCCAUACACAUCUCUUGACUUUAGCAGGCUGAAGUUGGUUGGUCAGGCAAAUUGGAAUUUGGCUGACUAUUUGCAUGAUGAGCUUUGGAUGCUCUUUCAGGAACCUCGCGCCCUGCACCAUGAUGGCCCCUUGGAUUUUGCCGCCGGACCGGACUUGUCUCGUGAGUCCCGAGAAGAGAACCUUCGACUUGCAGCGGUGUCUUUUGAGCAUGCCACCACCAAUGUCCUGCCCUUCAAAUAUCCUUUGUCUGCGUUUGAUGGCUCUUCGGCCUUGGUGACCUUUUUGGGUUCACCCAAACAGAAGCAGUCAAGAGAUGAGGGUGAUCAUCUUGGAGUUGAGUUUGCGUUGUCUAGCCAUGCAGCGCUGCUGGAAGAGGCUGACCUCCUGAAGCCUCGGAACAGGUCCACGUUGCCAGCUGUUGCGUGUUUCCACGCUGCCAGAAAGAAGUAUGAUCAUGUCGGUGUCUUGGGUUCCCCUGAGAAGGAUAUUGUUGGGUCUCACCACUUCAAGGUUGCAGGAGCGGAGGUGAACUCCUCAGAUGCAGCCCUGUCCAGAGGUAUUGUCACUGUUUCAGCCCCUGUGCAGAAGUGGCUCAGCCUUGCAGUUUUGUCCUUGCGUAGUGUUGCUUUGCCUAUUCUCUCUUCGGCCUUGGCCACCAGACUUGCGGGGAACUGGACUUCAGUUUUACUUUAUCGGCGUUGCCUAACAUGCUUACUUUCAAAGUUGUAUGCGUAUGGCUCCUCCGCUGGCACUGACCCAGGUGAUGUUUUCCUUCUCCACAGGAAAGCUGCUGAUGAGCUUGUUUUGGCUGCUGUGUUUUCCUUUGUUGCUGCCUCAGAUGUUACCCGGCCUGUCCACAGCGAACUUUUUGCCACUGAUGCAUCCUGCGGGAAGGGGGCCAUCGCUCUGAAGAUUGCAGGUGAAGAUGCCGCAGAGGAUGACCAGCCAGCUUUCACUCCUCAGCCCCCGUUGGAUUUUUCCUUUGAUUUUGUUGAAGUCUGUGGAGGAGCUGCAGGAACUUCUGCAUGUCUUGCUUCAGCGGUUUAUGUGCCUGAGCUUGCCAAGCACUUUGCCCGUGCUUUUGCAUCAGCCCUUGACCGGGAUUUUCGUGCAGUUGCCUUUGGACUUUACCCGUCACUUGGCUUUACACCUGCUAAGCUCAAUGUCGCUGAUGGCCCAACCAGGGACGUUGAGAUCCGUGCCACUCCAGCAGUUGCCUUUUCUGAUCAUGUUUCUGCUGAGGUCCUCGCUCACUUGCAUUCCCUGGCCUUGUCCUGCGCUUGGGUGACGCGUGCGGAUCGACGCUCUGGCGUCAAUCUGGCAGCAGACAGAGUACUAAGGCCGCAGGCCAGAAGCCGCCGAGAUGCGCUCCUGAGCUGGGUAACAGGUGAACCUGGAUCCCACCACCCGGCGAUGCCGGCUUUCUCAGCCUUGGCUCUUCUCUGGGGCUGGGCCCAGGAGUCAGCCAUUUUCCUUUUGGCAUGGGCAGGUAUUCUUCGAGUUGGAGAAGUUCUGAAUGGCCUCAGAUCUGACUUCGUCCUUCCUAGCGAUUCCACAGCAGGUAUCGGCUAUGCCUUUUUCCAAAUACGACAUCCCAAAACCCGUGGCUCUGCAGCCAAGCAUCAAUCUGCCCGAAUUGAUCCAAAAGAUGUGAUCAGCUUACUAGCAGUUUUUGGCGGGGGGGCCACACAUCUGCUGCAGCGCUUUGAAGAUGGAGAGCUUGUUCGACAUCGUGGCCGCUGGUUGUCAUCCAGAGUCAUGGAAAUCUACCUUCAGGAGAUAUCAGUUGCCACUUGUCAGAGUCGCAUCCCUCCACAGGCUUUGGCCGAACGCGCACAUUUCCGUGUCGGGAUUCUUCGCCUGGGCGACUCCGUGGCCUUGGCUGAUGGCAGGGCCAGGCGAAGUCUCGAAGUCUCCAGAGAGGGCGACUGUAACAAUGCCAAGGCGAUCGGAAAACGGAGCUGGGUUGCGGGAGCUGGGGAUGACCACAGCAACGUGAAGGUCUAUGGUGACCCACCAAUGUGGAGCGUCACCAAGGAGAUGUAUCCGCAGUCCCUAGCCGCUGCUGCAUGGUCUGCACAGACUGGAGCCACGCCAGUGCAGGCCGUUACCGGGCCGCAAUUGGGGCCAGCCCAGCCACGGGUGGUUGCAGCGCCGCUGAAGCCAAACCAGCCGAAUUGGGCAGACAUCCGGGGCAAGUUACUGGAGCGAAUGGACACCAUUGGCUCCUCGUUCUCCACUGCACCUCCUUCGCCAGAUAAUUCCACCUCGACAGCAGCGUUCCGUCGAGAUUCCGUCAGCUCAACUGCAUCAAUUGCACAAGCGCUCGCAGUGGAUGGUCCGCCAGCAUGGCUAAGACUGGAGUUUGCGGAGGCAGAGAAAGGCAAAGGCACCAGUCCUUGCCCAACACCCGUGACACCCGAGACAACCUUGCUAAAAACAGUGCCAAAGACCAGUGAAGCCCCUGCCCAAGGCAAGGUCUUCGUGGCUUGCCCAAAGCCCUCAGGUCAGGCCCGAGCCAAAUCGCCCGAGGGACGACUAGAGACCGGUGGAGGUCGAAGUACCCCACAGCCACCACAGCCGAACCACAAAGUCCUGAUCCGGUCGAAAACAGGUGUGGACAUGGUGGGCAGAGGGAGAGAUGCAGCAAAAGCUAAGACGCAGACCGGCCUUACAGCAAGGCGCGGCCAGAGCCCCGUGUCGGUGCUCCGCCCCGCGCCACGGCUGGUGGUGCCUCCGGCCAGUGGAACAGGUGUCCGCUCCCCCGAGCGGAAGCUGAUGACGCCACCGGUGCCCAAAGCCAAUCUCCCCGGCCAAGUGAGUUCCACACCCCCGGCACCCAAGAGCCCCAAGAGCGUCCCGGGCACACCACAGAAGGGAGGAUCCCCAGUGAAACGGAUCAGCGCGCCGCCGUCACCAAAAGCAUUGGCAAGGGCGGUUUCUGCCGUUCCAGCAGCCACAGCUCGAGGCCCACGAAGUCCUGCAACGCGAGAGACGAUGCGAAUGGAGGAGCAUAAGAACAUUGCGCGAGACAAGAAGCUCCAAACCGCCAAAACAAUGCCUCUGCGAUCCAGCUUUGAAAGCGAGACAUACGAGGCAUUGCAGAAGCUUCACAGUGAUGCCAAUCUGAUCAGGGAGGUCUUGGACGAUAAGCACAAACUCCAGAAAUAUUCCAGGUCUUGCUUCAGCAACGCAGAUGUAAAUGGAGACGGUGAACUCAGCUUUGAGGAGUUGCUGCAGUGCAUGCAGAAGAUGAACGCCGAGCUUGGCAUUGGAAAGUUCACGGAGCGCCAUGUAGAGCACUACCUGCAGCGUUUCGACACGGAUCAGGACAAGCUCCUGAGCCAAGAGGAGUUCCAAGAGCUUUAUCGGGUCCUGCUCAUGGUGAAGCUUGAAGAGGUGGAACCUGUGGACUUCUCUCGCAACAUGUUCAUCAACCGACGCAAGGGAAAGCCAGAAGAUGAUUACCGAGUUCAGGGCAUUGUUGGCGUGGGAUCUUUUGGCGUGGUCAGAAAGGUACAGUGUCGAAGCACGGGAGCCACGCGAGUCAUGAAAGUAGUGGACAAGCAGAAAGCACUCAGUGGAGGCUACCCGCUGAAACUGAUUAUGGAGGAAAUCGACAAGCUUCGAACCUUGGACCAUCCUGCGGUGCUACGUCUCUUUGAGUACUGCGCGGAUGAAAGGAAUUUGUACCUCAUCACCGAUAUGCUUCCAGGAGGAGACCUGCUUGAUGCAGUGGAGGGCUCGCACAAUAAGAAGAAGUACUUGGAGGAGCCUUGGGUGAGGGAUGUCUUCCGGCAAGUCUCUGAAGGAGUUGCUUACUGCCAUGCAAAGGGAAUCAUGCACAAGGACCUGAAGUUGGAGAACAUCAUGUUGGCCUCGGUGGAUCCUCCGGAGGCGGUGGUCAUCGACGUGGGCCUGGCCGAGCUCUUCCCCGUCUCUGAGGCCGAUUCCUUCCGCUCGGCGGAUCCGGCGGGGACGUUGGCCACCAUGGCACCGGAAGUGGUGCGUGGUAGCUUCAAUGCGAAAUGCGACGUUUGGUCCUUGGGCUGCUGUUUGUACGCGCUGCUCUGCCAUCGGCCUCUGCGCCUAGAAGACCAUCUCAAGGGAGAAGGCGGAACUCAGACCGUGGAGCUGUAUGACUACUUCUACCCCUUUACUCCGCCCCCAGACGAGUCACGUCAGGAGCUGAAAGCAUACUUGGUACGGCAGAAGGAAGGCCCGAACUUAAAGAGGUUGGAAUGCUCGGACGAAGCCAAGGACCUCAUUGGAAAGUUGCUAACCUUUGACAAGGAGCAGCGGCCUUCCAUGCGACAAGCGCUCAGUCAUUGCUGGCUACACAGUUCCAAGGCUUCAGGACAGAUCUCCACCGAACAGCUGGAGAGCCUCCUCCAGUUCCACCGGAUCAAUCCCUUAGCUCAGGCAGUUCUAUUGGACCUCUCUUCUCAGCUGCCAUUGAAACAACUCAGAGAGAUGAUCAGCCUCUUCGAGUCCGUAGACAAGGAUGGCAAUGGCAUGUUAGACGAGGCGGAGCUGUCGGAGGCCUUGAAGUUGGCUGGCCUUGGAGCUGAGAUGGCGCUGGAGGCAGCCAAGCGCCUGGCCAAAGGUGCAGGCCGAAGUUCCCGUGGGAGCCGUGGAACGAAAGCGUUGGCUGAAGCGGAAGCUAUUUGUGAAAUAUGGAUAACAAUGGAUAAUACAUGUGAAAAAAUAUGA